CGCCCACCACAGUAGUGACAGUGCUCUGAUCUCCUUUCAUAUACCUGCGUACUCUCGCUCUCGCGAGGUGGCAGUGGUUGGCAGCGAUGAGGAGAUCGUCUCAGGGGAAGAGCUCUGGAGUGGUAGCCGCCGCCGUCAGCGGCGGCAGCGGCGGCGGUGUACGGAAGUAUGAUGCGUACGGUGCGAGGAGUGGUAACCUGAUGAUGUCUUGCUACGCGAAGGCGAAGCCGAGGCCGUCCAAGUGGGACGACGCGCAGAAGUGGCUCUCCCGGUCAGGCGACGGCGGCAGCGGGGCCGCCCGGCGGUCGAGCUCCUGCGCCGACGAUGGGCUGCUGCUGCCGCCGCCGCCGCCGCGGAAGGGCGCCGGCAGCUGGCGCUCCUGGAGCAACGUGGAGUGGGAGGGCGCGCCCACGGCGGCGCCGGUGGUGGCCGCGGACGGGGGCGAGGGGGAAGAGGAGGGGGACACCAAGGCGGUGGACGCCGUGCAGGCGUACGUGCCGCAGCGGUUCGUGGUGUCGCUGAGGGACGUCGGCACGGAGAUGACGCCCGGCGGGAGCAAGGAGCCGUCGAGGGCGAACACCCCCCGCGUCGUCGCACCGCCGGCGGCGGCCCAUGUCAUCGCGGGGGGCACCGUUUCGCCUGGGCAAUGCCACGGUGGAUGGCGAGACAGCGGCCUUGGCGUUGCGGCGGACCACGGUGCCGCUUGCGAGGGCUCCGACGGGCGCGACGAAGCUGCGGGCACGAGGACGGCCGUGUCGCCCGCGACGGCGUGGGGCGAGGCGGAGCGCGCCAAGUACAUUGCCCGGUACAGGCGCGAGGAGAUGAAGAUACAGGCGUGGGAGAACCGGGAGCGGCGGAAGGCGGAGCUGCAGAUGAGGACGGCGGAGGAGAAGGCCGAGCGGAUGAGGCUGCGCGCGCAGGCGAGGACGGCGGGGAAGCUGGCGACGGCGCAGGCGGAGGCCAAGGCGCGGCGCGCGCGCGCGGAGGCCGAGCUGGCGCUGGGCCGGCCAGGCAAGGAGGGGUGCCUGCUCACGCGGAGCGCGAGCUGGAGCAGCGGCCGCUCGCUCUCGCUCUCGCUCCGGCUGCCGCUGCUGUGCAGCUGAGCGGUUACCACGGCUUCUGCUGCAUUCUGCUUCCCCCGUUGCUUUGGACCUGAGCUCUGUUGAUGCCCCCGUUUCUGAUGUAAUACUACUACUAGAGUACCAGACACAGAAUUUACCAUGUACCUUGAGCAAAAUUAUAAUCUUGUUAUACGUCCUAAAUAAUCAAAUGAUUUCUGCCCCGUACAGUUUUAUUAUAGGAGAAUUUGGCAUCAAUCACGGCAUGUGUUUUGGUUUGUGCCAUUUUUCAAUCCAAUCAAGUCGCUUUACUCGCUUGUACUAGUGCGACUG